AUGCUAAUCAGCUUGAAGCUGUGUGUAGCCAUUAAUGAUGUCGCUUCAAGAUCCGGAAGCCUGCGACUGCAGCCGGAACUGAUGCAGACGCUCUCACUGCUGGAGACGCAGCUCAUUCACGCGUACGACCUCUCCAGACUGGACGUGUUCGAGGUCCAGGCCUAUCUACAGACGAUCGACAGGUGGUGCGCCAAAGUGGAGCGCAGCAAACGACGACAGUUAGCAAUUGGCUUCGUCACUCCGCCGACGUUGCAACUGCGGCCUUCGAUCCCGUCCAAAAGACGUCGGAAGAAAUGGGUUCAUGUCCCAAUCGAGGGCCAAGACGCCGCUGACGUUCAAGAAGAGGGUGCUUCCCCUCCAAAAUUUCGUAUUCAGAGCGAGAUUGUUUGCUUCCGUCUGCCUAUCGCCAGUGUCGGAUGCGGCAUCAUUGCGCUGACAACCACGCUUCAAGUGCUGGAUCUCAGUAAUGACGAGGCAGGUUUUGGAGAUGAAGCGAUGGACAACGAGAUCGGAACCCUGUCGGGUCUAGAGGACGGUGCUCAGUCUCUUAUUGACGCUUUCCAAGCAUCCAAGUCGUAA